GAAAUGUCUUCUGCUUCAACUAUUUAGACAGAAGAGAGAAAAAAACAAAAACAAAAGUUAUAUUACAAUAGUGUUAAUCUAAAUUUAUUAUGACUCAACCAGUGUUCAGUUAUGAUGAAAGUAAUCGUAUUAAAAUAAAGAAAAAUAAUAUUAUCAUUACAAAGGAUGCCAUUUCUUUUUAAGAAAAAUCAAUUCUUUAUACGCAUUGUAAAAUCAUGUGAAAAUUUUAAUGAUUCACAAUAUCUACAAAUAUCUUUUUCAAGUAAAAUAUAUUGAUAAUAAUCAUAUUGAAAAGAAUUGAUAAAAUAUUUGCAAUGUAACAAAACAAUUGACGUUGUUUUUUUGCAACUUUGCAAGUACGUACAACAUAUAUCAUAUACACGUACACUUACAAAUUAAGAAUCUAAGUUAGUCAAUCUAUUUGAAAAACAGCUGUGAUGGAGAAACAAAAACCACGACAGAAAAAAAAGAGAGAUCGUGCUCGAUCUUCUCAUUUGGUGCGUGAAAUACCCGAUGCUCCAACUCUGGAAGAAUUUGAAUGCCUACUUGGGGAGUCGCCAACAAAUUAUCCUCGAGGUGAAGGUAUUGAAAAUAUGGAAAGUGAAUUACAUUCAGCCGCAAUAGACACUGAGGUAUAUGAAAACGAAAAUUAUAAAGUUGUAAUUGUGGAAGAAGAUGAGUUGCCUUCUGCUAAAGUUAUUCAAGAACGUACCGUACAUUUUAUAGAUGAAACAGACACAGGAAUUCCCACAGCUUCAGCACCAGUUGAACAAGCUGAAUCAAAUUCAGAACUGGAAGAAAUUAGAAUCAAUGUCUCAACGAUUAGAAUGGAGGAUACAUUCCCAUCGGCUCCUAUUAUCGAGAAUUAUAUUGGAGAGCAAUCUCUCCAAUUUUCGUCAGAAGCGACUAAAACUCUGAAAAAAGAACAUCCUUCAGGAAAAUUAAGUUUGAAAGUACAACCAUCAAUAGCGGAGAAAAGUAAAUUAAAGGAUGUGAAAAAGUUGCAACCUUUUACGGAAACACAACUGGCUGCACUUUACAGUAAUGAAGAAUUGUCCCUUGUUGAAAGUUUCAUUAAUGAGUUUGUGGAUUUCCAACUUCGGGGUCACAGUAUUCGACAGCAGCACAGACUUCAAGAACUCGUCAUGAGUUAUCUACGUGUUCAGAAUCAUUUGACUGUCAACUCUCACGAAUUAGAAACUUUGAAAAAGUCUUGUAAGGAUAUUCAGAAGCAACUGUGGUGUUUGGAUAAGGCUGGAAUCACGGAAUAUGGCGAAUGUCAGGAUGGGAAUCCCGUGAACGCGAGUCAUGAAUAUUCGGUUGCUCAUUUUAAUCAAAAAACCCUAGCGGCCCUGACGAAAAAUCUCUCUGCUAUUAAAGAGUCCUUACAUAAUACACACGCGUUAUAUUGCUACGAAUCGGAGACACUGAAAUUACAAAUCGAGCACUACAUUCAGAGAGUUUGUAUUUCUUGCAAGGACUUUGCUAAUUUGCGGCAAAACGCACCGAUAAGUUUGGAGCCUUUUCAGAUUUCCUCUCACAUGAUGCCACAACUUGUAGAACUUCGAAUGUGCAUAUCGAUUUUAUUUUACUUUCAAAGACGAGCGUUGAAAGAUGGAAAAUUCGUGACUGACACUAGGGAUUGGUUGUCGAAAUUGGUGGCUAUUUUGUUGAGAAUAGCGACCUGGCAGGAUCAUUUGUUUUUACUGAACCAUGUUCUGAGGUGUCCGGGAGGAGUGACUGGUUGGGCGAAAAGUUACAUUCAAAUUCCGGUUCCGUCGAGGAAUAGAGGUUUCAGUUCGUCGCCUCUAAACGAUCCCUAUUUGGACCACAUUGUCGCUACUCUGGCAGUUAUUCUCCUGCCAGUGAAGGAGAGGAAUCAAUUUUUGGAGCAGGUUCAAAUAUCUUUACAAGAGACUGGAAAUACGGGAGAUACGGUUUGGGUAAUGUUGGACGAAGAGGGAGAAGAGGACGAGGACAUCGCGAACUGUGGAGCAAAUCUCUUCGAAAGCGAUCUCAUAUCCCUUUUGCAUCAAAUCCCACUCGAUAAACUAUUCGAGCAGAUCCUCUUCAUUGAGCGGCACAACGAUAUGUUUCACCAGGAUGGCAAUGCCGUUACGGAGCAUCACAUCUUGCGGAUUUUUGCCUUCUCCACCGUCAUAGUGAGACUGUUGAAAAAAGGACUCCAGACCUACGACACUCCUCGAUAUCGACAACUGGCAAAAAGAUUAAGUGCCUUAAUCAGAGAUACGGUGCAGUACGCAAGUGACUUGUGGGAGUUAUUCGACAAGACGAAAAUCACCGAUGAUUCAAUGUUGACGAGAAUACAAUUAGAGUACGACUAUUUCUUUCUGAGAGCCACUCUCUGUAUUUUCUCCUCUCGAAGACUUGGAGCUUGGCAAUACCUUGCCGCUAUUCCUUAUCAUAUUGUCUCUUCCAGUAUGCUCUGGAAAAUAUUUUACAUUUUGCAUACAGAUUCGGCUAUUGCUGACCUUCCUGAGUUCGAAAUGUCUGCCUCGGAAUGGGAAUCGGAACUUAAUUCUUCGAAGCUCUACGAUCAGUUUGAGGAGAAGCUGAGUAACAUGCCGGGGGAUGAGUCCUAUUUUUUACUGACUACGUUCGCUAAUAUGGCGAUUGCGAGAUCUGAGGACGAUUACGAAUUUGUCCGAGCUACGACUAUUGAUCUCUUUCAAAUCGGAUUUCUGAGUAGAAAAACUCAGGAGACAUGUUCGAAGGAUGCGAGAUCUUUGUUGUCGAAUUUGACCGAUAAGUAUUCAUCACUUUUGUCGGAUAUUCUCUUGAAGCUGAGGGACAAUUUCGUCUCCGUGGGAAAAUUGAGUUUGUACUUGUUCACCGAGUUGAGGAUUGAAAAAUGGAUUCCACAGACUGCGGAUCUAAAUGUAAUUUCUGCUUGGCUGCUGCAGUACCCGCUGUCGACGACUGAGAACCACUUGGCACGAUUAGUUCUCUCGCAUCUUAACUGGGGCAUAGGGGAUAACGACGACGAUGACAAUAAUCUACAUCUUCCAACGAGUGUACACCGUCGUAUUUCAUUACUCAUGGUCGAACUUUCGAAAAAAUACAUUUUGGACAGUCCUGGUCAGAGUGCUUCUCUCUUGGCCGAGAGUGUGAAGCAAGUUUCGUCGAUAGUUCGAUCGCAAAGUAACGAGCAAGCAUUUUCCCUCUGGAUCUGGGAAAUGGUGUCGAAAUUGCGACUUCAUCGACUGGAGGAAUCGGAUGCAGUUAGUCAGUACUCGAUAAUAAACCCCGGAGAAGCUUUCUCCCACGUGCCUGAUUUGGAUUCCGACCCCACUUUGGAGAUUUUAGUCACAAUUCUGAAAGAGAAGCAACCACUCGCCGCUUUUGUAGCACUGAGAAUGACACUCUGGGGACAUUCCAUUCCUCUAAUUUGUUCCAAGGGCUUCGAUCAGUUGCAAAUACUGCAAUCUUAUCACAAAUACGAACAAAUGUUACACGCUCUUCACAAUAUAAUUCCACUAUUUUUAAAUUGUUCGGAAUAUUUGCUUAAAAAUGAAAAGUUUUUCAGCCUGGUGAUAGCUUUGAUCACUGCCGACAGAACGUAUAUGAAAAUAGCGAAAAAUCUUAUUGCUCCGGAAUUUCCUGGCAGUAUUCUGAAACUAUUUUCUAGUAUGAUUGAAUCUCAUUUGCACAAUUAUAAAAGAUACUGCUUACAAACUCCUGAGCCUUUCGUAAGACUGUGGUUGAAUAUUCUUAUACUGAUACCAGACUGGAAUCGGGAUCAAAGUGUACUUCAUUUAUUAGACACUAUAAUACGUGCCUCAUUUUUUUACAUUGAUGCAAGAACGACAACAGAGAUUACCUUCCAAAAUCUCUUUUCCCUGUCACUCGUGAAUGGUAAUGAGAAUCUUUCAACUGGGAAAAACUCAAGUUCCUUUGGUUCUUUCUUGAAUUGGGCGAUGGGUUCGUCAAAUUGUCCGAGUCUUCUGGAAGGAUCUAUACAGUCAAUUUGGGUAGCUUACAUUAUUUUGUACACGGAGCAAUAUGAAAGAGAGAUAAAGACAAACUUGUGGAAAGAGAUUCUACGCGAAUUGUGCCUACAAACAAAGACUUCAUUGGACUCUGCUCUUAAGAAAGCUUUUGCUACUGUCAAAGUUCAACCAUUCAAUGCAAAUAGUUUGUCCAUUUAUCGUUGGUCCCAACAAGCGCUCGACACACCUCUAGAUCAUCCUCUUUUGUCUCUCUUGUGGCAGAAUUUUUUUUCUCUUCUGCUGGGCAGACCUCCAUCUACAUCUGGAGUCAUUGACCACGGUGGUGUGGGUGAGAAAUUUUUCGAAGGAAUGAUAAAUCUAAGCUACCUGAAAAAAGUGAAGAAGAGAUUGCACGACACUGUCGAAUAUUUUCAAAUGAAAGCCGAAAACGAUCUGGACAAUGGAAAUUUAAUUACCGACGAAAGAAGAAUAUUUUAUCUCGAUAUGGCGAAAUUUUACAAAACAAUGACCUUGUGGCUUGAAGAGCCAAGACUGCAGGAAUCUGGCCUCUAUCUUCCAGCUCUACCUCCGCAAUACAUGUCACAAAAAUUAAUGCUCCUUCUGCAAGGAGACAGAAAUCCUUGGUUAGAGUAUUUGGAUUAUUUUUCGGUGCAACAAGGCCAACAAAAAGCAGUGUUGGAGUGGCAGCUUAUGACCUUCCAACAAACGGAUUCUUUCAAAAAGUCCACUCGCAUACCUUCAACUCCCUUGGAACCUGCGGAUCCUCAGCAAAGGAUAUUUCGAAGACUAAAUAGUUACGAGCAACCUGUACCUUCUCCGGUGUUAAAUCGAAAUAAUCCUGUCUUGCAGCCUAUUCCCAGGGAUUGUUUGUACAAUUCCGAUUCAGUAAUUAAAUUAAUAAAACCACAUUUCAAAGUAAUUUUGGACUACGCUCAGACUUUUAAUCUAAUGGUCUCGGAGCACACGGCGGUGGAUUGUAGCUUUUUGGAAUUGGUCCCGACUCUUUAUAGAGAAGUGGAAAAUUACGUUACACUUCAUGCUCUCUGCGAUACGACGUCUUCGAAUCAGAAACGUUCACGAUCAGGAACUCCGCCUAUUGUUCAUUGUGCAGGUCCGGCAGUCAUUCGAGUCAAGAUUUUAGAAGCUCGUGUCAGUGAUGGAGUGGAUGAAAUGAUAAGUCAAAAUAGAGCAGAGUACGAAAAUCUUUUGGUGAAAGCUAGUCAACCACCUCCGAGUAAAGUUACCCUAGGUUGUGUUAUUGCUGAUCAUUUGAUGGCACUACUUGAACACGAAUUGAAUCUCAAUCGUACCACUGAGAAUACAUCAGUUUUGCGCAAAGUGCAAGACAGUGGUGUUAAAUUGUUUUAUUACCUAGUCGAGCUUUACAGUGAGGAGGCUUCACUGUGUCCGCCUACAAAGCAACUAAUCACAACGUGCAUCGAAAAAUUAGGACAGCUGUUUAUAAGUGGAGAAGAAAGUCAAGGGACAGAACUUCUAAAAGCAAUAAUUGAACGACCUAAUCUCGGAGGACUUUUGGGUCCUCAUUUCACUCCCGUUGCUGGUGGAGCUUCGUCAUUUUUACAAAUGUACCAAACUGUUGUUGAAUUGUCAACGGGUUCUAAUGUAGAUUUAUGUUUCGUUCUUCUUUCCAAGUUUGAUGUUGGAAGUUGGUUGAACUAUAGACGACCGAGACUGAGUGAAAGAUCAACAUUUAUAGAAUUAGUGUCACGGGCUUUAUGUAACAUUGGCUUAAAUCCCGAAGAAGAUAAACAAAUACUGCAUGAGUUGUUCCGAAAUCAUCUUCGUCUUGUGCUGCUGCACGAAUUUCCAGAACAUUAUGGCGAAGUGCUGAGUGUUAUUUUGCGGGGAAGUGAAGGACAGUGUUUGUCUUUGGAUGUUUGGCGAGACUUAUUGGGAGCUUUGAGUGGAAGAGCGAAAUCGGCUCCUCCGAUGCAUGUCUUAAAAGUUAGAGACGAGAUUCGUCGUUACGCUACCGAACAGAAAAUGCUUUCUCGACAAGAAAUGAACGAUACGGCAGUACUCCUAAGCAAACAUUUCAUGAACGAGCGUCUACAAUACGGCUUGUAUGGUUUAUAUCCGAAAUACCGAGUUUAUAACGAACCUUUAACCAUAUUUCUCGGAAUGGUGGGUCACGCUUUAGUUGUCCUGACCCUUCAGUCGGACAGAGGCUCAUUAGCUGAUCAGUUGUGUGAGAAGAUUUGGCCCGUAUUGAGUGAGAUGUUCGCCCCUUGGAUAACUCCCUACUGGACGAGAAAUCUACGUGAACCGACGGCAGCUUGGAUUCAGCAGCUCACUGACGAUCGUUCAAUCUUACUUCCCUGGAUUAUUGCCGAUGGUCCUUACGCCAACAGAACUGUUGCUAUGUUCAUAGAAUGUAUACGCUUCAUAACCGACACAAUGCCAGCCUCGAGUAAAAUCCUCUGCUUUCUUUGGCAAUUUUACGUCACCAAUUUCGCUCACGCCUCAAUAAAAGAUCACGUUUUGAAUGUGAUUCACGGCAACUUUUUGUCUUUACCAUGGGAAAGAUUUUCUCCCGGAAUUGGCGAUGUGGAAUUCAUGAUUAAAGUCGUAGAUCAAUAUUUGCCGGACAGUCAUUUAUUUCUCGGAAGUGUCUUUACGAUUAUUAAUUGGCCAUUGUGGAUCAAUCAAACUCUUUCAAGUCAACCAUUGACAGUCUCCGCGAGAAUGCACGUCUGUUUGCUGAAUCUUUUGGUAAAAUUGUCAAAUGAACCGAAUGUCAGACAGAACGAUAAAGCUGUGAAAUUGAUGGAGGAAGCGGAAAAGUUUGCAUGGCACUUGGUAGAUGCUUCUUCGUUUGACCAAGUAAUUAACUGGCAUGUUAUGAGUUGUGAUCCAAGAGUGAUUCUUUCUAUUGAAAAUGAGGUUGUUCACCCAAUUGACGUAGCUGUCAAUAAUUUAUUAAAAAUCGCCGCUGCUUAUGAUUCAACAGCAACACAUUUUCAUCCAACGACAUUGAAGAAGCGACAAAUUUAUGUCCGAUCGUCAAUGAAAUUACUGACUAACUGUACAUCUAGACACAAAGCUCUUUUGUCAACAAAUUUGCGAUCUUUCACGAAUGCUCUUUCAAAUAUGCUUGACGAACUUGAAGCAGUUAUUACAAGCACUGUUUCAGAACCCCAACAAGCUGGAGAAGCCGGACUGUUAGUCACUGAAUUGUUACUUUCUGUGAAUCAGAGUGGAGUUUUAGCUGAUCAUUUGAAAAUAAGUUGGACUUCCUGGCUGUCGAAGCGAACAGGAAACAAUCCUGUUGUUGUUGGAAUUUUGAGAGUGAUAGGAGUUGCGAUCGCAUCUCCAUCAAUUUUGGGAGAUAUCAUGGAAGCUGCUUUAGAGGCUUAUUUCAGGCAAAAUGUUGUCGAAGAAGUUCAACCCUCUUGGGCUGCUGUACUUUCUGUCUUACAAACUCUCGUACCUCGUCAACCACCAGUGGAGGGAGUUUUAGUAGUGGAAGGAAAACCUCUAGCACUCUAUGCGAUUCUAUUAAAAAAAUUGCCAACUUGUAGAGAUAUUAGGGAAGAAGGAAUGCUGCUGACAAAUCUGGUUGAUUGGAUCACUGCCAUAAAACCUGUGGAAUCGUUCGAGAGUAAACUUCCACUUUUGUGGGCGAAAGCUUUGGAGUUGAUUUACAGACAAUGUCAAUAUAGUGAAAACAUGACAGUUGCAGUGAGAGCCUUAAAGGCUUUAGCUAGAGCACUACUUACAGUUGCAGAUGAUGCUGGUCAAGGCUGGGGAAUUUUAGGAGCAAUCGGUCUUCGAAAAGGAUCUCAGAUAACAAUUAGAUGUAAGUAUUUGAGUAGAGCUGUGAGCGUCUACUGUUUAGCUCAAAUGCCGGAUUCAAAAUCGGAGCAACAAGUUUUGAGGUUCACGCCACACUCUCCCGGUGUGGCUCCAUUGAGAUCAAACGAUUCGGACUUGAUGGAAGUGAGACCAAGUAACGACGCUGUCAAAGCUAUGCAAAGUCUCGAAGCCCUUUUACUCAACAAACAAUAUCUCGAACUAAAAGGCGAUAUCGAACAAGCCAUCCGGUUAAUUAGAGAUUCCGCCAAUUCUCUUCACAAUGCCGUUGCCGUGGUGGGCACACUGACGGGUGAAAUUUAUAAUCAAAGGUAUCUACACGUUUUGACAGAUUAAUAAUUAUCCGGCUUAAUUACCAUUAUACCAGUGAUUUAAUCUUAUUUAGAAUUCUUCGCAUCUAUUUUUAUUCGUAUUGUCCAUAUCUAGUCAUCAUUUGUUACACGAUGAAAAUAUUUUUUAAAAAAUAUCACACUAAUUAUUUAGAUAUUAAAGUACUUUGAUACUUUAAAUGUUUAUUUUGAUAUAAAUAUAUAUGUUGUUGAAAUCUAUUCACAUAUUUAUUAGGAAUAAGAUGUGAUAAACUGAUACAUUUUAAUGUAUUUUCGUUAAAUCGAUUAAAAAUCGAUAUUAUUUUUAUUUCGUAGUUAAUACUAAGUUUAUAAGCCUAGAAAGUAUAUUUGUACAUUUUUUUUAUAUAAAAGUUGUUCAAGUUUGUGGUUCCUAAAAAUAUCUUUUUUAGUAAAUAAGUAUCAUGUCAAGGGAUUGAAAAACUAUGCAACAGUUUUUAAAUUUCUUUCAAUUAUUUUCACACGAAACUUGUAACGCAUGAUGGCUAUGGAAAAAAGAAACUAUCUUCUAAAAAAAAAUUAAAACAAUUUAGUCUACUUUCACAAAAAUAGGUACGAAACAGGUAAUAUUUAGUGAUUAAUUAUGUAAAGCGAAAUAUAAUAAUUAGCUUUAGGCAAUUAUUUUUUAAAGUGAUCCCCUACUUUUCAUUAAAUGCGAAAGCUGAGAGCUCGACGAAAUAAUUGUUUGAUCAAAACAUAUAGGCUGUGUAUAAUUUUUUUUUAGUU